AUGUCUACUUCAGCCGAUAUCCCCAACAAAACGCGACUUUCGCACCCGGCAUCACCAAUUCGCGCCGUUUUGUCGCUUCCGCCGCAAUGGCUUCAGAUGUAUGAUGAAUUCAUCACCAAGAAUGCGAGCCAGGUUUCCCAAAUAGAGUCGGCCCUACGGUCGCUCACCUACAUCAUCCCUGGCCGUUUCCGCGACGCCGAGAUCGCAUCCGAGACCUUGCAUUCGAGCGUGCAACUUCUCUCGCUUUAUCAUGAUACCCUGCUCAUGCGCGCCCUCUCGCGCAUCCCCUUAGCCCGACUACCGUCGCCUCACAGCCGAUACACCAAGUACUGGACACAACGCAGUCCCAUGUACCGUCGAAUUGCCAUGCUAUUGCAAAUGGUCACGUAUACUCAGCUGCUAUGCGAGAUGGCGGCCAAGAGGCGAGGAGGCGAAAGAGGCCGGUGGCGCGUUAUUGUUCUGUUGGAGGCAAUCAAAGCCUUCUGCCGCCUGUUGCUGCUCCGCGUGACCCGUGCGCGACCACUCGUCACCCCCGUACUUCCCGAGCGUGAGCCUAUUCCCGAAGAGCCAGAGUCAGAGGAUGACGCCGGCUUGAAAGAGUUGAUGGGCGAAACAACGAAUGGUCACGCCACAGAGGCUGGCGAAGAUGCGCCCAAGCCACACGAGAAGGACUGGACGAUGCCCAGAACCGGCAUGAACCUCCCAUCCCUGCCAAAUGCGGGUGAUAUCAGCGGGUAUCUCCUGGGCAAGGUCCUGACGGCUGAUGACGUUAAGCCUGCGGCUAAGCUGCUGAACCAACUCCAGGGAGGCGCACAGGCGGCGGAAGUACUUCAUAUCCUGGCACCUCUGGUGUAUGCAGUUGCUCUGUCGAGAAGCAAGAACAAGAAAUCAUGGACGCCUUGGCUCGUUGGUCUGAGUGUCGAGUAUGCCGCUCGCCAGCUCAGAGAUCGAAGCUUCAGAACUACGCCUCUCGAGCGCGACGAAUGGAGCAAGAGAGGCUGGGCUAUGGGGUGGUGGACUAUGCGUGGAGCCUUCUACGAGAACGUCAUGAAGGGCGUUGUUGGCGGCGUGAGGUCAAGGGUACCUGGAAUCAUCGGCGGUAUCCUGGAAGACUAUGAGUACCUGUGGGAGAACUACUACUUCAGCACCAGCGCUUGA